CUGCUGCCCUUGCAUACACCAGACAAUGAAUGUCCUUCCCUGGCCAUGUUUCUUCUUUGCCUCUCUUGACCAUUCGUUGCUCGUUUUUCUGGUGUUUACGAUUCUGACUUGCGCGUUCUACCAGUCCUGGACACGACACUCGAUCCAGCCGCCUAACUCGCCGACGACAACACCAUCCAUCACUGGCUCUUUGACAGUCGCACGACCUCUGAACCCGCAGUCGCUCCUUCAUCUUCUCUCUCCUCUCCUUAUUGUUCUGCCCUGCGCACUUUCGAAUUCACGGGAAAGUGCCCCUCGGCCCAAUCCAUUCUGUUCGCACUUGACCGGGUGGCAUUGUUUUCUCUGUUUGGUCAAUAUUGGUUGCACUUGCAAUCGGGGCCAAAAUCAAUCUCGACAAGCACUUGACCGACAUCCAAAUAAGUGUCGGAAGUACUCAUCGUUGAGCCUCUCACCUCCUCGAGCCUUUGCGCCCUCUUCUAUAGGACAUUGCAUACCACGCACGGUAACGCACGGACGCUCCUAGAGACGUUGUUUCCUUCUUCUGCCUCACCUGCUCAGCGGUGGUCAGCAUCGUUCCAACUUGCAUUCGACCCAUGCGCAAGUUCACUUGCCAAUCGUGACCCUGAUGCAGACUUCACGUCCCCUUCAUUCCCUUCUCUGUCAUAAAUCCUUCCAGAAGCAUCGAUCCAGCAUUGACAGCUCGCGAUACACGGUCGACCUCAGCUUGCCAAAGCCACUUGCAGUGCCCAUCGGGGCAUCACUGCCCACCCCUCCCAUGUCGGGUUCUCCACCCCCAGAUCCGCCUGUCGACCCGCCUCAAAUUGCUGGGAGGAGAAGAAAGCGGUCAGAGAGUCCGCCGAGGAUAGCAGUCGGUCCACUCGCGUCUCCUUCGACACCACUGGAACACGGCAGCUUACGACCUUUCGCACAAUCAGCCAUUGACGAUAAUCGGCCUGGGUCAUCUGCCCAGUUUCAUCCACACGCUUCAAGAUAUCCCCCUUCUAGUCUCUAUGCAUCGAGCUCGAGUACACCCUCUGGGUAUGUGGCGGCCACACUCCCAGACUUUCCGCGCCCUCAAGAACCCAUAUCUCCUAGGGCUACCCGAAAACCGAAGGCCCAUGUGGCAUCAGCUUGUGUCAACUGUAAACGGAAACAUUUGAGAUGUGACAACAAUCGGCCUUGCAAUCGAUGUAUCAACAACAACAAAGCUGACUCGUGCCGCGAUGUGGAGCAUAAGAAGAGAGGGAGACCUCCUCUGAAGCCGGAAGACCCAACGACAAGACGUCCCCACGAACAACCGACCCCUCAGUCAGGAUCAUUAGGGGAACCCAUGAGGCGCUAUUCUGGCUCCGAUCCGGCAUAUCAGCCAGCUUCUGCAUAUCCCCCCCUUCGACCACACCCACUCCAUUCACAGAGAGCUCCUUUCCCUCCAAUGAUGUACGCUCCGCCUUCAGUAUCGCCAACUCAUAUCACGGCAACAGGCACUUUUACCUCACCCACGCCACAGUAUUCAAGUGGACCUGCAUCGAUCGGUCAAGCACCUGGAUCCUACCAUCCGCCUCAAACAGAUCCCCUGAGGCCUUUGAGCUCCUACAGUGGCAUGUCAAAUUACCCACCCCUUCACAAUCAAAUGCCACCGCACCAAACACACUAUUCGAACCCGAUCUUCUCGCGGCCGCCCCUCCCCCAAUCCUCAGUAGGUGAUAGUUUGCCUCCAUUACACGGGCCAGCAAGUCUUCAACUACCACCAAUUCGUCAAUCAGCACCCAUUGGUCCUAUAGACCCUGCAAUCUCCGAACAACAGAACCGGCCACAGUCGCAACAGUCGACCCGAGGAGAGCAGGGCAGGGGGGACAGGAGCCAAGAACCGCAAGCAAAACGACCUAAAAUGGACAUUCAAGGUAUUCUAGGUCCACGAGACCGAGAAUGA